AUGACGACAGCUGAUGAACCGGCCGCGGACGAGACAUCUCCUCUAGUCAGACCGGCAAAUCCGGAUGAUAACAAUGAUCUUGACUCGGUGACCGGGGGUGGACGAGAAUAUGGCGGGGAUUGUUCCACGCAUGAUCUGUCAGAAACCAAGAGCAGCUGGUACUUGUUCUUGUUGACCCUGAGCAUUGGCGGGCUCCAGGUCGUGUGGUCCGUCGAGCUCUCCAAUGGAUCGCCGUAUCUCCUGUCGCUGGGGAUGAGCAAGGCCUUGCUGGCCUUUGUUUGGAUUGCUGGUCCUUUGACAGGGACCCUCGUGCAGCCCUACAUUGGCAUUUGCAGCGACAAUUGCCGGAUCUCGUGGGGUAAACGGAAGCCAUUCAUGAUAGUGGGCGGCGCGGCGACCAUCGUUGCUCUGCUAGCCCUUGCGUGGGUGAAAGAGCUCGUCGGGGGCUUCCUAGGGAUCUUUGGUGUGGAUCCCGAGUCUCCGGGCACACGCACUAUGAUCAUCAUAAUGGCGACGAUUUUCAUGUAUUGUCUUGAUUUUGCUAUCAACACUGUCCAAGCGGGCAUCCGUUGUUUCAUUGUUGACAAUGCACCGGUCCAUCAGCAAGAGUCGGCCAAUGCUUGGGCCAGUCGACUUACCGGUGUGGGCAAUAUUUUAGGAUAUAUCUUUGGAUACAUGCAUCUGCCAAAGUACCUCCCGUUUCUGGGAGACACACAAUUCAAAGUAUUGUGUGCAAUCGCCUCGUUCUCUCUCGGAACGACGCUGUUGAUCAGCUGCGUAUACAUCCAGGAACGGGAUCCCCGGCUCGAUGCAUCGCCCAGUUCCGGAAACCCGGGGGUCGUCAGCUUUUUCCGGCAGGUGUUCAAGUCCAUCAAGUAUUUGCCGCCUGAGAUCGCGAAAGUCUGCGAGGUCCAGCUGGCCGCGUGGGUUGGCUGGUUUCCUUUUCUCUUCUACUCUACCACCUACGUCGGACAGCUCUAUGUCAACCCCAUCUUUGACAAGCACCCAAACCUCCCGGAUAAGGAGAUCAAUGAAAUCUGGGACGAAGCCACCAGGAUCGGGACCUUUGCUUUGCUCAUCUACGCCAUCAUUUCAUUCACCACGAACAUUACCUUACCUGCCUUUGUCGUCCCGACCUACAAGCCGGUUGUCGCGCCUGAAAAUGGAACCGCUAUCACGCCACCGGAUGAAGAACCCUUCUUAGGCCGAAGGAGGAUGUCCUUCUCGAGCCUUCCAGUCGCAUCGGCGUCAGAACCGCCCCCAAACAUCCCCUCCCAACACGGUGGCACAGAGGGGGAAGACCCAAAAUGGCUCUCCAACCUACAAAUCCCCGGAUUCACGCUGCGGCGCGCGUGGCUUAUGUCGCAUGUCCUGUUUGCCCUCUGCAUGUUCAGUACCUUCUUCAUCUACCAGUACCAGGCUGGAACGGUGGUGAUUGCGCUGGUGGGAAUCUCGUGGGCCCUCACACUUUGGGCGCCAUUUGCCUUGAUCUCUGCGGAGGUGGCCCGCAUAGAUGCUGAGCGCCGGCUCCGACGACAGCGGUCGGAGAUGGAGGAAUCCAGCGCGAUGUACCCCGCUGGACUGGACGAAGCCGGCUUCGACUCCAACGGAGAUGAUGUGGAACACGGCGCGAGGCGAUCCGGCAAGACGCAUGAAGACGAGAAUCUAGCGCAGGCGGGGAUUAUCCUGGGGCUUCACAACGUGGCAGUAUCGGCGCCCCAGAUAUUCUCGAGCCUAAUCUGCAGUGGCAUCUUCAAGGCCUUCCAGAAGCCACGAGGAGAGCCUUGGGACGACAGCGUCGGAUGGGUGUUGCGGUUUGGCGGCUGUGCGGCGCUUGUGGCAGCAUGGCUGACGAGUCGGCUGGUCGAGGGGACUCGAAAGUGA